UCAAAGCUGAAGCAAUUGUGGUGUGGCUGGGGCACAUGAUCGAUGAUGAUGCUACAGAGACCGUGCCAUGGCUCUCUCUCCCACGCGCUGGGUCACCUCGUCUCCUUUCAAAUUGACUCCUUGCUUGAUUGCUUGCUUAACUUUCGUCCAUUCCCCAACUUUAAACCAAAAUCCCCGCUCAAAUAAUCUUUGCCUUUCCCUCUCUCGUCCUUCUUUUGCCUUCCCUGUCCCUUUCUCUCAUUGUUUCUUUCUCUUCCCCCAGUCGCUCUCUCUCUCUCUCUCUGUAACACACUCGAUAACCUGAUAAAGUUCCGCUCUUGGCUGCAUUUUUCAAAAUCCCGCUUUCAAAUCUGCCCCCAUUUUCCGUUUCUCCCAUAAACUCCAUUGGCAGUCUCUCUCGCUUCUUCACAAUCCCCAUUAAUGGAUUCCUCCUCUUCUCCCAUGCCCGUCCGGGACCUUCCAGAAGCUUCCCCGAAACCUUACAAGAAAAAUUUCGUCACAACUUUAAUGGAGGCAGCCACUCUUCGGACUCCUUCCUUCAAAGAAGAUACCUACUUCAUUUCCCACCUGAAAUCUUCCGAGAAGAAGGCUCUUCAGGAGCUCAAGGAAAAGCUCAAGGCCUCUGAUUCCUCUGAAUGUUCCAUGUGGGGUGUUUCACUUCUUGGAGGUGACGAAAAAUCUGAUGUCAUUCUCUUGAAAUUUCUGAGAGCCAGAGAUUUCAGAGUCGGAGAUGCUCUUAACAUGCUUCUGGAAUGCUUGGCUUGGAGAGAGGAGUUUGGUGCAAACGACAUCGUUGAGGAGGACUUGGGGUUCAAAGAGCUCGAAGGGGUUAUAGCCUAUAUGCACGGGCAUGACAGAGAGGGACGCCCUGUGUGCUACAAUGCUUACGGGCUUUUCAAAGAUAAAGAAAUGUACGAAAGAAUAUUCGGUGACGAGGAGAAGCUUAAGAAAUUUCUGAGAUGGAGAGUGCAAGUUUUAGAGAGAGGUAUUAAGCUUCUUCAUUUCAAGCCUGGUGGGGUCAAUUCUAUUAUUCAAGUUACUGAUCUUAAGGACAUGCCUAAGAGAGAGCUUAGACUGGCUUCUAAUCAGAUCCUCAAUCUGUUCCAAGACAAUUACCCAGAAAUGGUGGCUCGUAAGAUUUUCAUCAAUGUCCCGUGGUACUUCAGCAUGUUGUAUUCAAUGUUCAGUCCUUUUGUGACCCAACGAACUAAGAACAAAUUUGUGAUCUCUAAGGAAGGAAAUGCUGCGGAGACACUCUACAAAUUUAUAAGGCCCGAGGAUAUUCCAGUCCAGUACGGAGGGCUGUGCAGCCCCAUUGAUUUGCAGAAUGGUCCCCCAAAACCUGCAUCUGAGUUUACUGUAAAAGGAGGGGAGAAAGUGAACAUACAAAUAGAAGGAAUUGAGGCGGGAGCAACAAUCACAUGGGAUAUAGUGGUAGGAGGGUGGGACUUGGAGUACAGUGCUGAGUUUGUGCCAAGUGCAGAAGGAAGCUACAUGAUAGCAUUAGAGAAGGCGAGGAAGAUGGGGCCAUCAGAAGAAGCAAUACACAAUUCAUUCACAUCAAGAGAAGCAGGCAAGUUGGUACUGUCUGUGGAUAACAGCGGCUCUCGCAGGAAAAAAGCUGCUGCAUAUCGCUACGUGGUGCGCAAAUGCAGCCCCAACUAAAGAUGUUGUUCCGUGCUUUACUUACUGCCCAUGUUUGUAUGCUUUUUUGAAAUACUAGAGGUGGUGUCAUGAUACAAUGUAAAAAGGGAGAAGGUACUGCUUUGUUCUAUGUGAUACAACCGAGGCUGUUCACUUUUGCUCAUGGCAAGCAAAUGCCUAUUGCCUGUGCAGUGCUUUUUGUUCCAGCUGUGCUUUAGUUUCAUUCAAUUGAAGUAAGGAGUAUGAUUGAGCUUUGAUUAAUCCCAAGUUUUGAAAAUUGGGAUAAUGAAUUUCAGAGGAAGAGGUCGAACGAAAGCAGAGCCUGGGAUAUGCAAGUGUGGAAGUGUGAUUUGAUAUUUUCUGAGUUCCAAUGCCAACCCAUCAAAUA